CGCGGCCACUCUGUCAAACACCAUGCAGAAAGAAGUAAUUUACGUCGCUCUUGAGAAUACACGGAACCCACUGUGUGCUCAUUGAAGCGACAGAGCUAAGAAAGUAAAGGUCGUAGAUCAACUGUUCUAUUAGUUCGCUGUUCAAACUCGACUAAACCUAUCAAGCCGUGCCAACGACGAGGAAUGGAUAUUGUGCCAGUCAAAGGUGGAAAGAUGGUUCAAAGUAAUUAACUUUCGGACGGGGAUAGUGAAGGUGGCGCAGCGAUGGACAAGGAUGCACUCCACCAGUGCGAACUCAUCCAGAAUAUGAUCGAGAUCUCCAUAUCUAGUUUACAAGGACUCCGAACCAAAUGCGCUGCAUUGAGCGACCUCACUCAGCAAGAAAUACGCACUUUGGAGGUGAAACUGACUAAGUACAUCUGUAAGCAGCUGCAGUGUAAGCAGAGAGUGCCUGAGAGACAGAGGACCCAGGCCCUGGCCAGCUACCCUCGACUGGGAGACUGGCUCUGCACCAUCAACCUCAGACCUGAACUCAUACAGGCUGUACCAGUGAAGCUGUCCCUGGAUGCUUUGCUGCAGAUGUCCAGUUGUCAGGUGCAGGACACCAUGAGACAGCUGGGCUCUGAACCAGAGGAGUGCUCCCGACUCACUGCUGCCCUCUCCUGCCUAAAGAGUGCAAGUGGGGACAUCAGGGAAGACCCAGGAACCUGGAUAUCAGAGCCGCCCCGCCGUGACAGUAACACCUUACCUCCUCCGGACCGUCGCCCCUCCACCCCCACCACCCUACCCCGUGGCUCCAUCCUCAGUCCACAUACCCACGCCCGUUCUGUCUCUGUGACUGUCGUACCCUGUGUGGACGAUAAGGGGCAUCAAGUCUACACAGGAGGCAUGUCGGACGCUUUCCCCUCCUCGCCGCUGCUCCUCUCCAAUUCCCCUCCCUCCAAGAGACGCGCCAAGCACCCUCCACGCAUGUCCCCCUCCCGAAAAUUGCUGCAACUCCCCUUCAAUAUCACCCUCACACGCAGCAAGAGCCACGAGUCACAGCUGGCCAACCGCAUAGAAGAGCCAGUGCCCAACAACAAGGGUGGGAAGAAGAACAAGCUGCUCCUGAAUAUGCACAUUAACAGUAGCAGUGGGAACGGGUGUGAAGACUCCACCCGGACCCCUGGCCCAGCCACCGCCCCCUACACCCUCCCAGGAACCCCUACGCUGCUGGAGCAUAACCUAGCAUUGCAUCGGGGGUCUCCACAGAUGAUGAGGAGGGAUAUCGGCCUCUCUGUAACACACAGGUUUUCAACCAAAUCCUGGCUCUCACAGACAUGCCAGGUGUGUCAAAAGAACAUGAUGUUUGGUGUUAAAUGCAAACACUGCAAGUUAAAGUGCCAUAACAAAUGUACCAAAGAAGCCCUUCCCUGCAGGAUAUCUUUUCUCCCACUCCCGCAAAUCCGCCGGGCAGAAUCCGUACCGUCAGAUAUCAAUAAUCAAAUUGACCGUACGGCAGAGUUACCAAUCCAGUUUGGCACUUUACCUAAGGUGCUAACCAAAAAGGACUACCCUCCCAUGCUGGGCCAGAUGGAUUCCAGCAGUAACCCCUCCUCCACCACUUCCUCUACGCCCUCCUCGCCCACCCCCUUCCAGCAGAGCAACCCCCCCAGCGUCACCGCCACGCCGCCCCCCAACUCCUCGCCCGGCCCCCAAGGGCCCCGAGACAGCCGCUUCCACUUCCCAGAUGUUUCCUCUUCACCAUAUCCUGUUGGACUACACUCUGAAGGCCACCAUGACACUGGAGACACACAGCAACUGGCACAAUCAGAACCUCCAUGUCAAGGACAGGAAUGUGGAGCGGAAGAGGAGGAAUACCCAGGAGAGGAGGAUGAGGGAAACGGUAGCAGGGAGGACAGAGAGAAGGGCCACUCAAACGGAGAGUGUGGUGGGGACGAGAUAGAGGACCUGCCCAGCUACCGGGGCCGACUGGCCGGUGGCCAAUGGAGGGGGCCCAUCUCCCGUAAGGCCAGCCAGACCAGCGUAUAUCUGCAGGAGUGGGACAUCCCCUAUGAGCAGCUGGAGCUGGGGGAGCUCAUUGGCAAGGGCCGUUGGGGGAAGGUUCAUAAGGGGCGCUGGCAUGGAGAGGUGGCCAUUCGGCUGCUGGAGAUAGAUGGUAAUAACCAGGACCACCUGAAGCUGUUUAAGAAGGAAGUGAUGAACUACAGACAGACCCGCCACGAGAACGUGGUCCUCUUCAUGGGGGCCUGCAUGGCCCCGCCACACCUCGCCAUCAUCACCAGUUUCUGCAAAGGUCGGACACUAUUCUCUGUUGUAAGAGAUGCCAAGAACACGCUAGACAUCAACAAGACAAGGCAGAUCGCUCAGGAAAUUGUUAAGGGUAUGGGCUACCUUCACGCUAAAGGAAUCGUUCACAAGGACCUGAAGUCCAAGAAUGUGUUCUAUGACACAAACAAAGUGGUAAUCACAGACUUUGGCCUUUUUGGAAUGUCCGGAGUGGUACAAGAGUACCACAAGAGGCAAGAGAAUGAGCUGAGGCUCCCUCAUGGCUGGAUCUACUACCUGGCCCCUGAGAUCGUCCGCAGGAUGGGCACUGGGAACCAUGAGGACCGCCUGCCUUUCUCCAAUGCUGCAGACGUCUAUGCCUUUGGCACCAUUUGGUAUGAGCUGCAGGCCCGUGGCUGGCCACUCACCAACCAGCCGGCAGAGGCCACCAUCUGGCAGGUGGGCAGUGGAGAGGGCAUCAAGAAGGUCCUGGCAAAGGUCAGCCUGGGCAAGGAGGUUACGGAGAUACUGUCUGCCUGUUGGUCCUUCAAGCUGGAAGAGCGUCCCUCCUUCACCCAGCUGACUGACAUGCUGGAGAAGCUGCCGAAGCUCAACCGCAGGCUUUCCCACCCAGGACACUUCUGGAAGUCAGCCGAGUAUGUAUCCUAAAGACCAGGAUUCCAUUUGAGAUAUACUGAAUGUACUCACUAUAUAUAUAUAUAUAUAUAUAUAUAUAUAUAUAUAUAUAUAUAUAUAUAUAUAUAUAUAUAUAUAUAUAUAUAU